AUGGAGGGCGACUGGGGAGACUUCCAAUCAGGAGCCAGCGGCUUCCUCUCAGCGCAAAACGCGCCGUCAUCUGCGGCGGCACCGGCGCAGGCUGAGGGGUCCAAAGCGCCGCUAGAUCCGGAGCUCUCAGCGAGCGGCGCGGGGUCUAAGCAUUCGUCAGACGCGGAUUUGGCGGCGAGCGGAAAGUCUGCCGCGGAAAGUAGCGACUCGUUUUGGGGGGAGGGGGGAGAGCGGGGGCGGCGCGGAUGCGGGAAUGGACUUCUGGGGGGAGGUGCAGGCGUUAGGGGGAAGCGGGGAAGCGCAGGCGUUAGGGGGCGCGCAUCAUCCGAGCGGGUUCUCCGCUCACAUGAUGUCUUACUCGCACUCAUCCCCGCUCCGCCCUCCGCGCCCCACGCGCUCGACGCGCACCAGCGGAAAUCCCCACCCCCCCGCCGCCCGCCGGUGCUGCGCAUCCGCCCUUCCGCGGACCAGCGCCAGCGCCUGGGUCUGCGCACUCCCCGCUCUCCGUGCGCGGCCCUCUCUCCGCCCCUCCCGUCUCUCACCCACAAUCACACCCCCCCACCUCACACCCGCUACAAUCACACCCGCCGUUUCUUCCCCCUCCUCCGCACUCCCCCCCGUCUCGCUCCUUACCCUCCCAUCCCCCUCCCUCCUCACCCUCCCCCAUCGCUUCCCCACCCCCUAUCCCACCAGCCACAGUCACACCCGCCAUCGUCACACCCGCCACAGUUACACCCGCCUCUAUCGCGCCCCACUCACCCCCGCCCGGGUACAGACCUCCCCCACAAGGCCCCCCGGAACUGCCAAGCCGGCCAGCGGGGCAACCGGGGGAGCAGCAGGGGGGGCAGCGGGGGGGCCAGCAGCGGGGGGAAGGGGAGGGGUGGGUGCAGCGGGAGGGGCGUUAAUCGGCAGGGCUCGUGGCGGGCCAUAGUGGACAAGGUGGUGGAGGGUUACAAGCUCGCGGGGCUGGCGCAGCAGCUGGCGUUACGCGGUUACCACUUGCUGGCGCUGAUGAAGCUGCGCAUGUUACAUGGUUACCACGUGCUGGCGCUGAUGAAGCUGCGCAUGUAUGGUGCAGGUGCAGAGGAGGCAAGGCUCCAUGCUGCCCUUUGCGCUGCGCUGGUUGGCAGCAGCGCUUAUCGCAGGCAACCCAAUCUCUCAGCCCCAUCCGUUUCACCCGUGCUGCUUCGGUUCAGUAUCCCCGCCUGCAGGCUCCAUGCUGCCCUUCGCCCUGCGCUGGCUCGCAGCAGAGCUGCCCCACCGCAUGGGCAAUGCGUGUGUCUCCUCUCCGUUCUCCUUCCCAACCUCAAUCUCUCCAAUCUGCGCCAUCCUCACAUCCCCCCCGUUGCAGGGCUCCAUGCUGCCCUUCGCCCUGCGCUGGCUCGCAGCAGAGCUGCCCCACCGCAUGGGCAACCCCGCACUCACCUUGGAAACGACUGUGUGCUCUGCAGGCGUACUGCACAGCUAAGGCACACUGCACAGCUAAGGCGGCAGGCAGUGCGGCACGCGCUCGGUAUCCACCACCUGGCGCAGCGAGACUACCCCACUGCACUCCUCUGGCUGCAGCGCCUCCUGCGCUACGAGCCGAGCAACGCUGCCCUGCUCUCGCGGUACGGCCUCGUUCGGCUGCAGCUGGGGGACGUGGAGGGCGCAAGCGCUGCGUUCGGAUUGGUGGAGAAAAUGGUGGUGCAUCGCGAGGUGGAGAUGGAGAGUGAGGGGGGGGGUGGGGGAGGAGGGGGGGAGGGGGCGGGGGAGGGGGAGGGAGGAGGGGAGGCAACAGGAGAUGCGAGUAACACAGCAGGAGCCGGAGCGGGAGCAGGAGGGGCAGGAGCAGGAGCAACAGGAGCAGGAGCAACGGGAGCAGGAGGGAGCGAUGGGGGUGUGGGGGCAGGGCGGGUGACAGCAGCGAAUCUGGGCGAGAUGAAGAGGCUGGUGCGGCCUGAACAAAGCUCUCGUGCACUUUGCUCGCAAGGAGCAUGGGCAGGCGCUGCAGCUGUUCUCUGCGGCCCUCUGCCUGAUGUACGGCCGAGAUCUCGCGACUGCGGUGCGGGGCUGGAGGACCAAUUGCAGGCGAGCCCGCUGACAGCUGUCGACGAGACAGUGGUGCUCAACCUGUGCUCCAUGUACGAGCUGGCGGCGUCUGAUACGCUCAAUUGCCAAGAGCACGCUCAGCAACUGGCUCACUCGUUUGGCUCCUGA